AUGCAGAUGGAGAAUCAUAGCCUCACAGUGGUGACUGAAUUCAUCAUAAUGGGCAUCACUGACCGCCCUGAGCUGCAGGCCCCAUUAUUUGGCCUGUUUCUCAUCAUCUAUCUGAUCUCACUGAUGGGUAAUAUGGGCCUGAUCAUCCUCACCAUGAUGGACUCUCGGCUACAAACACCUAUGUAUUUCUUUCUCAGACACCUGGCUAUUACUGAUCUAGGUUAUUCUACUGCUGUGGGACCUAAAAUGCUAGUAAAUUUUAUUGUUGAUCAAAAUACAAUUACUAAUCAUCUUUGUGCAACACAGCUAACAUUCUUUCUUGUGUUCAUCAUCUGUGAACUCUUUAUUCUGUCUGCAAUGUCCUAUGACCGCUAUGUGGCCAUCUGUAAGCCUCUGCUCUACACUGUCAUAAUGUCACACAGGGUAUGCUGGGUGCUAGUGGCAGUUCCUUAUAUCUAUAGUGUCAUUAUUUCUCUUCUCAUCACUAUAAAAAUUUUUGCUUUACCCUUCUGUGGCUACAAGAUCAUUAGUCAUUUCUGUGACAGUCUUCCUUUAAUUUCAUUGCUCUGCUCAAAUACACAUGAAAUUGAAAUUAUAAUUUUGAUUUCGGCAGGGUUCAAUUUGGUUUCAUCUCUAGUGGUUCUCCUAUUUUCUUACCUACUAAUUCUUAUAGCGAUUUUUAGGAUGAAUUCAGCAGAAGGCAGGCAGAAAGCUCUAUCUACCUGUGGGUCCCACCUGACAGUGGUCACCGUCUUCUAUGGGACUUUGAUAUUUAUGUAUGUGCAGCCCAAGUCAAGUCACUCUUUUGACACUGAUAAGGUGGCUUCCAUUUUUUAUACUCUUAUUAUACCUAUGUUGAAUCCAUUAAUCUACAGUCUAAGGAACCAAGAUGUAAAAUGUGCUCUAGAAAGGUUGUGGAGAGUAUUGUGUAAUAUUCUUUCUUAA